AUGGCUGUGGAACUUCAUCCUGUAUUCAAUGUAAAUGUCAUUCUGGACGAGUUAAGGAAUAUCGAUCUCACAACAAGGGGUUACUAUCAGAUACGUCUCAUUCCAAAAACUACUUCACACUUCACUUCUGUAGAUAUUCAGUGCUCCGACUUUACUAGUACCAAUGGUAAUUCCUUUAUCCUUUCGUCCUCUGUGGUUCAUGGCAGUGGUGUCUCGAAAACAGUUGAAGUCACUUACAUAGAUGAAACUUUGACACUCGGUAAGUGUUUCUUGAUGAGUAUGCUAUCCUUGAAAUUCCUUUUCUCAGCAAUCCAAUGGCAACAUUGUCCACGAUAUUAUUUUAGGUCAAUGGAUCGUCAUCGUCCUCCGAACUUCGACUUAUUCGAGUUGGAGAGUAGACGCACGAUUGAGAUUUCCCUUUGUCCCGCUCGACUUACAGCUGCUUCACGUCUGUUGUUCUUUGAGCAUUCUGCAUACGCUGCUCUUACUCUUUCUGUUUAUGCUUCGUUGGUAUCGGUUUUACCACGCAGAAAGAGGCUGUCACCUGAUGAGGUUGGAUUUUGCAGUAAUUCACGAAAUUUUUCCCUAAUUUUUACCCCUUUCCUACCACCAACUUUGUGUUGUUUCCAAAUGUUUUCAUGGGAAAGUAAUUUAACAAUUUUGUGCGAUGUUUCUAGGUACGAGAAUAUUUCAGUUGUUCGUGUUUUAAAUCUUGUUCUACGCUUUUCAUCGAUUUCUUUUCAGAUGAUUUCGAUCGUAUUAAAAAGCAAAUAUCUUGAGAAACUUCCUCGAUUUCCGAUAUUCUGCGCUGAUCUGGAUAAUUGUAUAAGCAACUGGUGUGAAUACAAGUUUCUCAUGUGGUUACCUGUUUUCCACUCAGUAUUUUUUCCAGCCUUCAGUCAGCCUUUUAAGAAGCUGCUGUCUUUAGGAACAUGCGAUGAUCUCUCCUCAUAUCGAAACAUUUUCCGGGUUAUAUCAGGCUGUGCUACGGGAUUCUGUUAUUUGCUAAGUGAAGCAAAUCAUGCAAAGACAUGGUCUGACAUUGACGACUUGGCACAGAAUUUGCUUUCUGAAGUACAGUCCUACAUAGCGAGAUUGAGUGAGCCACCUGCCCGUAUAAGCUUCGUCGCUCAUUCCUUAGGAGGAGUAAUUGUUCGAGCAGCAGUUUGUCGAAAGGAUGCAGAAAAGUGGUUAACUCCUCGGUUGCAUAGUUUGCUGACAAUCAACACUCCUCAUCUUGGUCUAGCAUAUGUGGGAAGAAGUGUCAAUUUAGGAAUGCAACUCAUGCAGUGGUGGAAACACUCCCGUUCUAUACAGCAACUGUCACUGAAGGACGAGGUUACAUACUAUGAAUCUUUCCUUUUUCGACUCUCACGACAGAAGACGUUUGGUUUAUUUCGCAGAGUUCUUUUAGUUGGAACAUGUGGUGAUACGUUUGUUCCUUUUCAUUCUGCUUUGUUGGUUCCAUGCAAAGCAGCUAUGAAGGACCCAUCCGCUUUAGGUACCACGUACAGGUUAGCUACCGUGCAUUACGGAAAUUGUAUUCGUUGA